UGCUCAAGAUUAUUUUGAUCAUAAAUUAGAUUUUAUUCAUCAACAUAAACAAUAUCAAAAAUUAAUUAUUAAACAUGGAGAACCUUUUUUUAACAAAUCAAAAUCAGGUUAAUACCGUUUUUUUCUUUUACAUAUUUAUAUAUAUAUAUCUAUUUUUUUAAUCUUAUUCAAAGCAAAGAAGAUUUUCAUUAAAUUAAAUUUGCUUUUAAAUAUUUUAUUGUUGACGUUCGAAGUACUAAGAAUUCUUAUCCGAUUUAUAUUUGACAUAUGAUGCAGCCUGGAUUUAUAACCCUAGGAAUAUUGCUUUUCUUUUAAAUUCGAGAUAUUUGUAUAGUCAGAUUGUUUAUUUAUUAGAAUGAGAUAUUAAUCAUAGGUACUAUCAUAGAAUUCUAUAUGAAUAAGAUCUAUCGUCAUAAAUUGUAGGCCAAUGAAAACACUAGUUUAUUCCCUAUAUACCAAUUCAAUUGAAUAAGAAGAAAAACGUUAAAAGAUUAUUUUUUUCAUAUGUUCAAAUAUUUUUUAUGCAUAGAUUAUUAAUGUGAGAUACUCGAAUUAUGUUAAUCAAUGAUAUGAGUUUUUCUUAGAAUUGUCUGAAAGGUUGACAAGUUUUUGAGAAGAUUGUUUUUCUUGUUCAUAUAAUAAAAAUGUUUUAUUGGAAAUGCAUCUAUCUAUUUUUUCCAUGACAAAUAGAAAUUUGAAAAACCUUUACUUAGUUAUAAUCUUCACUUUUGUUUUGAUUUCAUCAAUAAAAAAUCAAAUAAAUUUGUGAUGAUUGUCUUCAAAGCAAGAUAUCCUCUUUCAAAAACAUUUAAUCAAUUCAAAUAAGAAGAUCUAUUUAGAUAUUUUCUAUUAAUCAUUGAAAAAUGAGAUGUUAAUCGAAUAUUUAGACAAAUGUGAAUGAGAAUAAAUUAGAAUAAUAAAAUAUUAAAUAGUAAUUGUAUAUUUGUAGGAAUUAAAAAGCUCUUUAUAUUCGUCAAGAUUUAUUGAAAGUUCAAUUUGAACUUGCCGAUGAAAAUGAUAUAAAAAUUGAAAAGAAAAUUCCAUCAUCAAUGACAAUAGCAAAAUUAAAAACAUUUGUUCGUCGAUUAUUUCCAUCACAAUUAACAAAUGAUAUUCAAUUUAAUUUAUUUGUUAUUAUUGAUUAA